CAUCUAUAAGUUCAUUAAACUUUUUCAUCGAGAAAAAAUUGAACAACUUUCACACCAUGAUGACUGCACGAUCCCUUUCUUUUCUUUUAGUAUGCCUCUCGGGCACUGUCUCAGGCACUACUCAAUCACAGUCGGAGCGCUACGAGCCCGACGAGUCGUUAAAAUCUGCGUUUUCUUUGUACUCAUCGUGGAAGAAAACUCACUCAAAGGGUGCACAACUGACUCUUGGAGMAGAGGAACAGAGAUUCAAGAUUUGGCUUGAGAAUCACGGUAUGUUAUGAAUCGAUGGCCACUCUAAGGCUCCUUUUGUUUCCUUUAGUGUUAUCGAUGAGGAAGUUUGUUGACGCRUUGGUUAUUUCCAAACUCCUUCGCCCUACACGACUGACAAUGAACGAAUAUUGGUUAUUUCAUCUCUCAUACCUUUUGGCAAUUUAUGGCGACGAAAAUUGGUUACGAAGAACGAAUCGAAUCCCAUAACAACCAAAAACCUGCACCCAGCUUCACGCUUGGUCACAACGAAUAUUCAGACUUGACCCGCGAUGAAUUUGCUCAGCGAUUCCGCUUGGGAAAAUACAGUCAAUCUGCUGAAUUAGAAAAGAAGCACGCCCAAAACUUGGUCAGUAGCCAAGCCGAAGUAAAGACAGCUCGUUACUUGAGCGAGGACCAGGUACCCCUCGAUCUCCCUGAUUACGUGAACUGGAUUGCACUAGGGGGUGUCACGGAUGUUAAGAACCAAGGCGCGUGUGGAAGCUGGUGAGUAAUUUCGACGUCCGUUUAAGUCCCAACUUGUUUUUUCUUUUUUAUAGUCCAAGCUAAUUUCUUGAGAAUUUUGUAAUUUUAUUUUUACCUUGUUAGCUGGGCCUUUUCGACUACAGGUGCGUUGGAAGGAGCGAAGUAUGUGAAGACGGGCGAAUUGGUGSCUCUUUCGGAACAAAAUCUUUUGGACUGCGAUCACAAAGACCUCGGRUGCAACGGAGGAUUGAUGGACAAUGCAUUUAAAUUUGAUGAGAAGAGCGGAGGUCUUUGCUCAGAAGCCGACUACCCAUAUGAAGCAAAGCAAGGCAGUGUGUGCAACCCUAUGAAUUGCACCGACGUCCCCGGAAGCAUUGUUAGCACAUUCUACGACGUUCCUUCCGGCAACGAGAAGACUAUGUUAGCUGCUCUCGCCAUGCAACCCAUUAGUGUUGCCAUUCAGGCCGACCAAUUUGUAUUUCAAUUUUACAAGGGCGGUGUCUUGACUGACGAUGCCUGUGGAGAUCAGCUCGAUCACGGCGUCUUGGCAGUUGGUUAUGGAUCGGAUUUAGAGACCAACGAACCAUACUUUGUGGUAAAGAACUCAUGGGGACCAACCUGGGGAGAAGAUGGAUAUAUUCGCAUGUCGCGUAACUCGAAGAACGAGUACGGCAUGUGUGGUAUUUUGAAAAUGGCUUCCUACCCUGUCGUUGAAUAAACAAAACAGUGACUCUUCAAUCUGCGAGCGGACAUGARAGAGGGCUAUUCGCACUUAAAUUCACGGCAUCACAUACGUUUUAUUUACUUAACCGCAAUAUACUUGCAUGGUACAGCGAAAGUCAAUGCAAGUAUGUGAUUUGUAACCCCUUGCCUUGCAAUAGAGCCUUGCAAUAGACGAAACAACAAUUUAGUGUUUGGCUUCAAUAACAACAACAGGCGUUWAAAUAAGUCUUUAUUGAGCAU